GUAAGUGUAAACGUGUGUGUGUGUAAAUAUGCGCGAGUGUGUAAAAGCUUGUGCAUAUCUGGAUGUGUGUGCUUGUGUGCCUGUGUGCUUGUGUGUGUUUGCGUGUGUAAGUAUGUAGUGUGUAGAUGCGUUUUGUAUAUAUGCGUUUUGUGUAAAAAUUAA